CUAAAGAGAAUAUACCAAGAAUGAAUGACAAACAAUCCCCCCUAGGCCCUAAGAAGACAACUUUACACUUCAUUUGGCAAUAGCUAAUAGAAGUAACAUUUUACACUUCUCUACAAAGUACAAACCUCCUCUACGAAGAAAUCUCCUAAUUAACGUAACGAACAACAUUACAAUUUACAACACGCAUUAAUCUCCUAUUAUAUAAUUGUCGUUCUUCAUUUGGCGCCUUCAAAAAAAUAAAACAUUCCCCCACCUUCAACAUUUCUUCUUCAAAAACCUCAAAUUCUAGAACUCGAGCAUUCAUCAAUGGCGGAAGAAAGAUCCGAAAUCGCAUUCUUCGACUUAGAAACAACAGUUCCUAUGAAACAAGGUCAAGGUUUCACCAUUCUUGAAUUCGGAGCUAUUUUAGUUUGCCCUAGAAAGCUCGUUGAGCUUGAAAGUUACUCCACACUUGUCUGCCCUGACGAUCUCUCCUUAAUUUCCUCGAAAUCCGAACGUUGCAACGGUAUUACUCGCGACGCCGUUUCUUCCGCUCCUUCUUUCUCUCUCAUCGCCGAUAAAAUCUUCGACAUCCUACAUGGGAGAAUUUGGGCGGGGCAUAAUAUAUUGAGGUUUGAUUGUCCUCGGAUUAGAGAAGCAUUUGCGCAAAUUGGACGACCGGCGCCAGAGCCGAAAGGGAUUAUUGAUUCAUUGGCUUUACUCACUGAGAGAUUUGGUCGGCGAGCUGGUAAUAUGAAGAUGGCUACUCUUGCCACUUAUUUUGGAUUGGGUCAGCAAACGCAUAGGAGCUUGGAUGAUGUGCGCAUGAAUCUUGAAGUUCUCAAGUAUUGUGCAACUGUCCUAUUGUUGGAAUCGAGUCUACCAGACAUUCUUGCAAGUGAUAGUUUGGUCUCUCCAACUGCUACUGCUAGGACAACUCGUAGUGGCGGGAGAGUUUUGCCAAUGGAAAUGAGCCACACUCCCAACUCAGUUCCCAGGCCUGAAAACCAUUCAAAUCAAACCUUGGGGGAGCAGAUUCUCAAUUCGAUUGAACCCAGUAGAACUCGAACAGAAGCUUUUAAUAUGAGUAGGCUUUCUGAGGAAAUAAUGGAUGAUGCCAUUCAAGAAGAUGAUACAUUGGAGGAAAGGCAUAUAGUUGAACCUUUAGAGAUAUCUCGUCCUUCGACAAUCUCUGAGAGCUCCAGCAGUUUGUCUGCUUAUUUGACUCCUGAUGAAGUUCAUCUUCCUGCAAUCAGUGCAUCUCUUAUUCCGUUCUAUCGCGGGAGUCGCAGGGUUCAGAUACUACAUAACAUUCUUGUGCUGAAGCUUCACUGUGUCCAUCUGAAAGUGCGAUUUGGAAUUAGUACAAAGUUUGUAGAUCAGGCAGGCCGCCCUAGGUUAAGCUUUGUGGUAGAUGCUCCUCCGAAUUUGUGUCAAGUCCUGGAUGCAUGUGAUAAUCAUGCACGGAGCGUGUCCAUGGAGUCCGGUAGCACAUCUGAUUGGAGACCCAUGGUAACCAGAAAGAAUGGAUACUGGAACUUCCCUACUUUGCGGCUCCACGUUCCUACUAUUGUAACUGGGGAUAAUGCAAAAUAUGGCACCGACAUUUUCCAGAAAGAGGCUGCUUCAGGUUCUGAGCAAAAGCUUGUGUUUAGUAAAUUCGAUGCUGCAGAACUCGAUAAUUUGUUUAUUCCUGGGAAUUUUGUUGAUGCAUUCUUGUCCUUGGAUUCAUACGAUUAUCAACAGAGUGCAGGUAUCCGGUUAGUCGCUGACAAGCUGGUUAUCCAUUCUAACUAAGUGCUGAUAAUUAUUUGACACGUCGAAAUUAAGGGAUACAUCCUUUUUCAAACCUGUAAAUUAAAUGGAACACAGGAGUGGACUGUGCAGAUUAAGCUAGGAUUUGAUAUAAGUAAGUUGGGUGAUGUAGGAGUUAGAACUGAUGGUAGUUGUAAUUCAUUUAUCUCAUCUGCUAACCAUAUGCUUAAGGCUUGUCAUUAUUAAAUUAUCUCUGUAAUUUUACAUUGUUGACGAUGCCAUGAUGGCUGCUUAUAUUCUGUAAUUACGUUUUAUUCUCCUAA